AUGGAGAAGAAGCCGAAAAGUAAGAUUAAGACCACAAAUUCAGAGCUUCCACCUGAUAUCCUUCAGCUAAUCUUCUCAAAACUCCCCUUCUUCAAUUUGCCCACUUGCAGGCUCGUCUCUGCAACAUGGAAUAAUCUAGUUUUAUCUUGUAAGUUCGAUCCUUCAAUCUCCAUUUCCAAUCUCUUCUUUGCCCAUUUUUAUUCCUGUCGUGACCGUAAUCUCCAUUGUGUGGACUUGGAUCCUCAACAUUUGGAAGGAAUGAGUACUGUUGCCUCAUUCACUUUCCACCCUAAUGUUUCUUCCGGUUCUUGUAAAAUCUCGAUUAUCAAUUCCUGUUCUGGACUCAUUUCUCUUCUUAUCACCAAAAGAAGAAGACGAGGACAUAGACCUGGUGUUGUUUGUGUAUUGAAUCCCAUGACUAAUGAAUAUUUCAAACUUCCCACCUUCAGAUCCAAAGGGGAUAGCGUUAAAGACUAUUUUUAUGGAUUAGGGUUUAGUCCUAGAACAAAGCAGUACAAAUUAGCAAGAACCCAUUAUGUAUGUCAUGAAUUCAUUGUUGAGAUUUUUGCAUUUGGUACAAGUUGUGAAUGGACCCCUGUUGGUUCAGUGCCUUAUUUCCUCAAUGAAUACCACGGUGUUUACUUCAAUGGAGGUCUCUAUUGGGUUGGAGGUCAGCAGCUACCUAAUGCUGGAUUAAGUGAUGUUAUUUACCGUUUGGAUUUAGAAGAUGACAAAUUUAAGCAAAUUUCUUUUCCCUUAGAUGGGGAUGAUGAGGGUGAUUUUCCUUACAUUGGAGUCUAUAAUGACACUCUUUAUCUAACUCUUUGCUGUGGGGAUUUCGAGUACCAUGUGUGGAAGAUGGAAGAAGAUUUUUCGUGGAUUAAAGAAUUUGUUCUUGCUCUACCAGAAAAUGUGCAUCAUUCUCUCCCUCGUCAUCAUCCUAUAGGAUAUUGUCUCCAGCUUAUCAAAGCCUGUGAAGAUGGGAACAUCUUGUGUCUUUGUGCUGGACUCUAUUUGAUAUUGUAUGACCCCAAAACUGAGACGACGGAGUUAUUGACUGAUCAAGAUUUCGAAAUUAAGAAACAUAUGUGGGUUUAUCAGAUUGACUCCUUCAAUUUUAAUUCUCUCCAUAACAUUUUGGCAGGAAAGUGUUGA